ACUUCAGUUUGUAGCUAAUGUAACACACUCCUUCAUAACAGCUACAUCUUACUAGCAGCAGGACGCUUCAGCUGCACCGGUAAACGCUAUGGACUCUGUCAGCCAGUGAGGAGUGGCAGCCCUGCUAAUCAACUAGUAGCUAGUUCCCAGCUAACAGAAGAUGGAAGCUGCUUCUCUCGCCUGCCAUCAGCUGUGGGUAACCCUAUGAUACAUCCAUGGGGUAACACACACUAAGGUGGGCUAACCUGAAGUCAAUUCAACAGCCGCUAGCAUCAGAUGUCCUGCUAUUAUCCUGUUAGCUAAUAUCUCUGCAGAGAAACAUCAGCGAUGGAGGAAGUUGACAAAAUUUUGAUUCACACCCUCAAACAAGUCGGCACAGAGGUGAGUGAGGAGGUUAACAGUGUCAAACAGUUCACCAGUGAGCUGAUAGUGGAGGCCGUGGUCAGAUGUAUCCGGGUAAUCGAUCCGGGCCUGGGCAGCGCGCUGCCAACCUCUCUCCCUCCCGGCAUGUCUGCCCGCUUCAGAGUGGGCAUGAGCCUGGCACAGGCCUGUCAGGACAUUGGUUAUAAAGGCGAGAUAGGCUACCAGACCUUUCUGUACAGCAAUGAGCCAGAGAUCCGCUCCCUGCUCAUGUUCCUGGUGGAGAGGCUGCCCAGAGAGAGUGCUGAGACCUCAGACCAGCCAACAGGUAAAUCGGUGGUCCUCCAGAGAGCCAUCGCUGCUGCCAUUAAAGCCCAGCUGGCCGUGCCCUGGCUGCCUCCAAACUGCAGACUGCCACUGCACGGUGAAACACAAAGUCCAGGAGGACUGCAAAGCUUCCACGUCCAGCCCCUCAGUUUACCACACUGCACUAAAGGUCCAACGAAGAAAGAGCUCAUCGACUACCAGCGAGACAUUCUUCCCCCCGUGACCGCCCAGCCCUCCAGUCAUGCCUCUGUGGUGGCAUCCAUAUUGGAGCAGCACACGGCCGAGCUGAGCGCAGCUCAGGAGUGGGACAGCGAGUGGAACAGUCAGGGACUCGUUUCUCGUCUCACGCCUCAGGAGUACCGGUCCAGAAAACUGACCCGACUGCGUAAACGUGCCGAGGAGCAGCUGCGUUCUGCCGCACUGCCCUCAGCUGAAAGUGCCUUUGGUGGUCCUCGCUCCACCUCUGACCUGUCUGAGCUACUGCAGGCCUUCAGAGGCUCCGCCCCUGCCGACCAAGUCCUCACAAAGGGUUCCCACUUUACCCACACACAGAAGUUCACCUUCACACAGGAGGCAGCAGCAGUAACCAGCCCCAUCCCCACCGGGCGUCAGUCAGAGGGUGAUGUCCAGCUCCGUCAGGAGGAGGAGCUGGCUUCACUGCAGCAGCAGUUCCAACAACUCUGCACUGAUGUUGACCAGCUAACAGCAGAUAUGAAGCACAUGGGUGUCACUAAUACACAGGUGUUGGAUGAGUUGAAGCAGAGAGAGCUGGGAAACACUGAAGAGGAGGAGAGGAUGCAAGUGAAGAAGAAAACUAUCGACCUGCUGCCAGACGCUGACAACAACCUGGUGAAGUUUCAGGCUCAGGUGGAGGCCAGCGCCAAGCGGGUGCUGCACCUGGCAUCUCAGUGGGAGAAACACCGCGCUCCACUCAUUGAAGAGCACCGCACACUUAAAGAAAUCUGCAGCAAUCAGGAUCUGGAAUCAUCCAGAAAGCUGUCUGAAAUCAAGUCUCUUCAUGAUAAAAUCCGUGUGUCAACAGAGGAGGCCAAGAAGAAGGAAGAAAUAUACAAACAGCUGGUAACAGAGUUAGAAAAUCUUCCCCAGGAUGCGUCUCGGUCAGCAUACACACAGAGGAUUCUAGAGAUUGUCAGCAACAUCAAGAAACAGAAGGAAGAAAUUACAAAGAUUCUGUCUGACACUAAGGAGCUACAGAAAGAGAUCAACAACUUGACGGGGAAACUGGACAGAACCUUCGCUGUGACUGAUGAGUUGGUCUUUAAGGAUGCCAAAAAAGAUGAGUCCGUCCGCAAGUCCUACAAGUACCUGGCCGCCCUGCAUGAAAACUGCAAUCACCUGAUCCAAACCAUCGAGGACACUGGCACAAUCCUGAGAGAAAUUCGUGAUCUGGAGGAACAGAUUGAGACAGAACAUGGUAACAAAACUGUGGCUAACCUGGAGAGGAUUCUGGAUGACUACAAGGCAAUUCGACAGGAGAACUCUGCACUUGCUGCCAAGGUGCGAGAAGGCUGAAGGAAACAGCGGUGGACUCUGCGCUGCCUGCUCAGACUGAAGCUGGAGUACAAGCCUCGAGCUGCCUGAACGGGACUCAAACAGCAUUCCAGUUUUCAGACUGAAGCAACUGCUGUUGAUUAACACCACCCUCUGUUGCCAUUGGAUACCUGCUUUUCUUCAGAAAGGCUAGCUGAUUGUUGUACCAUGGAAACUAACAUAGCAUUUUAAUGCAAUAUGGAUGGAGAUGGUAUUUAGAUUUUUUUUUUUUUUUCUAAUUUCAAAGUGAUUUCUAUGGCUGGACAUGCUCGAUGAGGGUCCAUGCACUGCUGUGAUCAUUCUGCAGCCGAUCGAAACAUAACACUGGACAGCAGCUGAUGCUGUCAGAGCCUCUCUGUUCAUGUGUACUCAUUCAUAUCGAUGUAUGAAAUGUUUUCAUAAGAUAUCUGGAUUAAAAUCUAAUCUGUGACUUGGAAUUUUUAAUACAGAAAAUAUUUCCAAAAUGUUCAGACUUUCACUUAUUUCAUUGUCAUGGUUCUAUUCAAACUAAGUAUGUUGAGUGAAUGGCAUUUGAAUGUAGUCCAUUAAUAAUGUUGUCCAGCCCCAUCAGCAAAGUAUUGUAUAUAUGGUACCAGCUUAAAUAAA